AUGCCGUGUUUUGGCUUUCCCUUCAGGAAAAAUCUUCCAGGUACUAAGCUCUCCCAUCAAUAUCAAGGUGUACUUGUUGAGAAGCUACUGCCGCUAUCACCAAAUGUUAUAGAGAUUAAUCAAGAUGCCGAUGGUAUCAUUCCCGAAGAGAUCACCAAAGAAUGCGAGCAAAGACUUGCGACUGGUAGACCGAUGCCAAAAUUACUUUACGUUAAUCCGACGGGAGCGAAUCCUACAGGUGCCGUCUUGUCGGAGAUCAGACGAAGAAAAGUGUACGAAUUGGCGCAGAAAUACAACUUUCUGAUCGUCGAGGACGAUCCUUACUGCUUCGUUCACUUUUUAGAUAAACAGCCCACGUCGUUUUUCUCCCUCGACACUGACGGUCGUGUAAUCAGAAUGGAUUCGUUCAGCAAGAUAAUGAGCGCUGGGAUUCGCGUUGGGGUCGUCACAGCCCACAGAAAUAUUGUGAAAGAGCUGAUUAUUCAUAUGGAUAAUUCUACCAUACACGCGUCAGCUUUGUCCCAAGUAAGACUUUUAAUACUUUAUAUUUUAGGUUUGGCAGAGUGGUACGUGCCGCAAGGUGGACUUUUUCUUUGGAUAAAGCUAAUAGGUGUAGAUAAUGUACUGGAUUUGGUGAUGAACAAAUGCAUACCCCAAGGUGUUGUCGUUGUUCCUGGAAAUGCCUUCAGCUAUGAUUCUUCAAAACCCAAUCACCAUUUGAGAUUCAGCUUUAGUUAUGCCUCGCCAGAAGAUAUGGACAAGGGACUGUCUAUAGUGGCCAAAAUAAUACGCGAAGAAGUAGCGAAGAAAAAUAACAAUGUUUCGAUGUGAAAAGUAUUAUUAUCACAUACGUAUUUUAUAUUGAAAGUUAUUAUUUUUUUAUUAUAUGAUUUUUUCUCUAAUAAGAUAAUACUUUCUAACUCUACAAUAAUUUGCUCUACAAUUUCUGUUUUACGAUCUCCUGAAUAUUCUACAAAUAAAUUGUCUUAAAAUAUGUAUCUCGAAGAAGCUGUCAAUAAAAUAUUGGGAAAUACAUGUUUGAU